AGUUACUCUCAGAGCAUUUCCUCAUCUCUCGGGCUUUUGCCCUUUUCUCUCUGGGGUUGGUUUUUUCUCUCUUCGUUUCGCUAGGGUUAGGGUUUCUGGUUCUCUCGAAAUUCUCCAUUUAAUUUAGGUCAGAGUUUCAAAGAAAUUUGUUUCUAAACACUAUUCCUCAAUCUUCACCUCUAUUGAUGUACAAUAUAUCCAUAUAAUUGAAGCCCUAGAACUGUUCUUGGAUCGAUGGCGAACCGUACUGACCCAGCGGCGAAGAGCAUAAGGGGGACGAACCCACAGAAUCUGGUGGAGAAGAUUCUGAGGUCGAAGAUAUACCAGAACACCUACUGGAAGGAGCAGUGCUUUGGGCUCACCGCCGAGACGCUCGUCGACAAGGCCAUGGAGCUCGACCACCUCGGAGGCACCUUCGGUGGCAACCGCAAGCCGACCCCCUUCAUGUGCCUCGUCAUGAAGAUGCUCCAGAUCCAACCUGAGAAGGACAUUGUCGUCGAGUUCAUCAAGAACGAAGAUUACAAAUAUGUACGGGUGCUUGGAGCUUUUUAUUUACGUCUUACAGGGACUGACAUUGAUGUUUACCGGUAUCUAGAACCUUUGUACAACGACUAUCGAAAAUUGAGGCGCAGAUUAGCUGAUGGGCAAUACAGUUUGACACACGUGGAUGAGGUCAUUGAUGAGCUCUUGACAAAAGAUUAUUCCUGUGAUAUUGCUAUGCCACGUAUUAAAAGAAGAUGGACUAUUGAAUCCAUUGGUUCACUGGAACCUAGAAAAAGUGCUCUAGAAGAUGAUUUUGAGGAGGAAGAAGAAAAGGAUGAGGAUGACCAACUAAUGGCUGGAUUAGAUGCUGAUGCCCACGAGAAGGAUUAUUAUCGGGGGCGAAGCCCUACAAGGGAAAGAGAUAGGGAUAGAAGACGUGAUAGUCACAGAUACAGGGAUCGAGAUUACGACAGAGAUAGAGAUUACGACAGGGAACGCGGAAGAGGGCGUGAUAGGGACCGUGAUAGAGAUAGGGACAGAGACAGGGAAAGGGACAGGGAUCGUCAUCGCCUGAGAGAAGACAGGGAUUAUGGUCGUGAUAGGGAGCGUGAGAGGGAAGGCAGGGAACGGGAUAGGCGAGACAGGAGACGAAGAAGCCACUCAAGGAGCCGAAGUAGGAGUAGGGAUCGCAAGGAUCGUGAUGGUGGAGAUAACCGUAAGAGGCAUGCUCGCAGCAGUCUGAGCCCCAGAAGGCGCGGGGAUGGGCCAGAAGAUGGGGGCACUCGGGAAGAACCAAAGAAGAAGAGAGGAAAGAAAGAGAAGAAGAGUGAUGGAACAGACCAUCCAGACCCAGAGAUAGCAGAAGCAAAUAGACUUCGGGCUUCCCUUGGGUUGAAACCGUUGCAGGGCGUUUGAAUCUGCUGGCUGACUAGUUUCUCGGAACAUGGAUGGAACAUGAGGCGAGGCGUGUGGAUCUCACUACUGUUUUCAGUUCCUGUAAACACAAAAAUAGGCUAAUGCAGGACCUUAGCUUUGUUGCCUGGUUAUUGCUUUGCCUGUUUUACCUUUGGCGUCAGAUAAAUCAUUUGUUCCUAUAACUUCAGUUUUUAAUUGGAAUUAGCUACUUGUUGGGGUCUGAUCUCAAGCGUGGACUUGGUAUUAGCAGACAACUUGAACUUGAGAUACUAUGGGUAAGCUUGGUUCAGUCUUUUGAGAACUGAAAAUCAGAAAUUUGUACAAAAAUUUGCUUUGUUGACCGUUUUCGAGAAAAUUCCUUUCAUGGUUUGUCUUAAAACAGUUUUAUGUUUUUUUGAUUUAUCGAGAAUUGUUUCUUGGAUUUGAA